AUGACCAAAAGCAAUUGCCCGCGUCGCAAUACCAGCAAACGUUUUCUCUUUGGAGAAACCGAAAGGAUUGCCUCGCGCCAAGACCCACUGAUCUCGUCAACGACGGUGACUACGCUUUGUAAGGGCGUACUAAGCUGUCGAUACUGCCAGGGUAUCACAGAAAACCUCGCAGCUGCACUACAAAUAAAACCUGGCGGGGCUGCUUGA